UACUAGGGAAAAGGAGCAAAUCUUGACAUGAACAAAUAAAAGAUCCGGAGCAAGAAAGUCUGUUAACUCCAGGUGAGAGAGCGUGGUGAGACAUUGGAGCCUAAAGGAAACAUGUUAUUUCAUAGGCACAUUUCACUUGUCUCUCCCUUCCCUCGCACACCUGAAGCUCAGUUCAUGGCUGUCAUCUCCCGCCCCUUUUUCGAUCAUGGCCAAUCAGGUUGCCCAGUUCAAAACACUUCUUAGCGAUCUUAAGAGCUAUUCAGGAGUCAUUUGCACGCAGGUCUACGCGCCGGGAAGGCGGUGAGCAGAAACGAUUCUAACCGCUUUAAAUCCCAGCGCUUGGGGUCGAUGGGAGCAGGCCCUUAAAGCUGUACCUCAAUCUUGUAAUUUUGAGCAAGGAGUUGGUUUUGGCUAAGGUCUCUCGGGCCUCUCAAAUGCCAACCGCAGCACCAUGGGGGCGUGGUUAAUGUCUUGUUGGGACUCAGGGAAGUGCAGUUCUCUGGAGGACGAGGCCUGAUAAUACCAUAAAAGGCUGGUUGUCUCACUUCUGAAGGCACGUUCGUUGACCUUCCUUUAGGAGCGAUACCCGCGAUUGCCCUGUGCGGAACCCUCAGUUCUCGAGUCUUGUCUCUGCUUCCUAGCUUCAUUGGCUCCGCCUCCAUAAGCCUUACUGGUCCACUCUCAGAACGCCCUCCUGGAUGCAGACCGCACCCCCUCGCCUCGACUCCGCCUCACCAGCCCGUAGGUUGGCCCAGGCAGUAGUUCGCGUUUUGAGCCGUUCGUGCCACCAUAGCUGCUGCUGCUGCUGCCGCCGCGGAGCUGAAAUCGCCGAGCGCGAUGCCUGAGGGCGCUGUGAGCGGGGUGGCCCCCGCGCCCUGGGGCUGGUCAGUGGGAGGGCAUACUGGAAGGACCUGUGGAGUGGGAAGGCAGUGCUGCUUUUGAGACAAGUCCCAAGAUUGGGCCAGGAACUGUCCCCUGGGGCUCCUCAUCAUGAUGGCUGUGGAAGGGUCAACCAUUACCAGCCGGAUCAAGAAUCUACUUCGAUCCCCAUCCAUCAAAUUACGCAGGAGUAAGGCAGGAAACCGGCGAGAAGACCUCAGCUCCAAGGUGACCUUGGAGAAGGUGCUUGGAAUAACAGUGUCUGGAGGCAGAGGACUUGCCUGCGAUCCCCGAUCCGGUUUAGUUGCCUACCCAGCUGGGUGUGUGGUCGUGCUGUUCAAUCCCCGGAAACACAAACAGCACCACAUCCUCAACAGUUCCAGGAAAACCAUCACUGCCCUGGCCUUCUCUCCUGAUGGCAAGUACCUGGUCACUGGAGAGAGUGGGCACAUGCCUGCCGUCCGGGUUUGGGACGUGGCUGAGCAUAGCCAGGUGGCGGAGCUGCAGGAGCAUAAAUAUGGCGUGGCUUGUGUGGCCUUCUCCCCUAGCGCCAAGUACAUUGUCUCCGUGGGCUACCAGCAUGACAUGAUUGUCAAUGUCUGGGCCUGGAAGAAAAACAUUGUGGUGGCCUCCAAUAAGGUGUCCAGUCGGGUGACAGCAGUGUCCUUCUCUGAAGAUUGCAGCUACUUUGUCACUGCAGGCAACCGGCACAUCAAAUUCUGGUACCUCGAUGACAGUAAGACCUCAAAGGUGAACGCCACUGUGCCCCUGCUGGGCCGCUCAGGGCUGCUGGGGGAGCUGCGAAACAACCUGUUCACUGAUGUGGCCUGUGGCCGAGGGAAGAAGGCCGACAGCACCUUUUGCAUCACGUCCUCAGGGCUGCUGUGCGAGUUCAGCGAUCGGAGGCUUUUGGAUAAGUGGGUGGAGCUGAGAACUACUGUGGCCCACUGCAUCUCUGUGAGCCAAGACUACAUCUUCUGUGGCUGUGCUGAUGGCACCGUGCGCCUCUUCAACCCUUCUAACCUGCACUUUCUCAGCACGCUGCCCCGGCCCCACGCCCUGGGGACAGACAUUGCCAGCGUCACUGAGGCCAGUCGCCUCUUCUCUGGAGUGGCCAAUGCCAGGUAUCCAGACACCAUUGCCUUGACUUUUGAUCCUACUAAUCAGUGGCUGUCUUGUGUAUACAACGACCACAGCAUUUAUGUUUGGGAUGUGAGGGACCCCAAGAAAGUGGGCAAGGUGUACUCAGCUCUGUACCAUUCCUCCUGCGUCUGGAGUGUGGAGGUCUACCCUGAAGUGAAGGACAGUAACCAGGCCUGCCUGCCCCCAAGUUCCUUUAUCACCUGUUCCUCAGACAAUACCAUCCGCCUGUGGAACACAGAGAGCUCCGGGGUACACGGCUCCACCCUGCACCGAAACAUCCUCAGCAAUGACCUCAUUAAGAUCAUCUAUGUGGAUGGGAACACUCAGGCCCUGCUAGACACCGAGCUGCCCGGAGGAGACAAAGCUGAUGGGUCCCUGAUGGAUCCCCGUGUGGGCAUCCGCUCUGUGUGUAUCAGCCCCAACGGACAGCAUCUAGCUUCUGGGGACCGUGUAGGCACGCUCAGAGUGCAUGAGCUGCAGUCCCUGAGUGAGAUGCUAAAGGUGGAGGCCCAUGACUCAGAAAUUCUAUGCCUGGAGUACUCUAAGCCAGACACAGGUCUGAAGCUGUUGGCGUCAGCGAGCCGGGAUCGGCUCAUCCAUGUGCUAGAUGCUGGCCGUGAAUAUAGCCUGCAGCAGACGUUGGACGAGCACUCAUCCUCCAUCACUGCUGUCAAGUUUGCAGCCAGCGAUGGGCAAGUCCGCAUGAUCAGCUGUGGAGCAGACAAGAGCAUCUACUUCCGAACUGCACAGAAGUCCGGAGAUGGAGUACAGUUUACACGGACGCACCACGUGGUACGGAAGACGACCCUCUAUGAUAUGGAUGUGGAGCCCAGCUGGAAGUACACGGCCAUCGGCUGCCAGGACCGAAAUAUUCGGAUCUUCAACAUCAGCAGUGGGAAGCAGAAGAAGCUGUUUAAAGGAUCACAGGGUGAGGACGGCACUCUCAUUAAGGUGCAGACAGACCCCUCAGGGAUCUAUAUCGCCACCAGCUGUUCUGACAAGAACCUCUCCAUUUUUGACUUCUCCUCAGGCGAGUGUGUGGCCACCAUGUUUGGCCACUCAGAGAUUGUCACUGGCAUGAAGUUUAGUAAUGACUGCAAACAUCUCAUCUCUGUGUCAGGGGACAGCUGUAUAUUUGUGUGGCGCCUGAGCUCUGAGAUGACCAUCAGCAUGAGGCAGCGUCUGGCUGAGCUGCGCCAACGUCAGCGAGGGGGCAAGCCACAAGGACCAUCUUCUCCCCAAAGGGCUGCGGGUCCCAACCGGCAUGAGGCCCCAUCGAUGCUGUCUCCUGGACCAGCUCUGUCAUCAGACAGUGACAAGGAGGGAGAAGAUGAAGGCACUGAAGAAGAAGAACUGCCAGCUCUGCCUAUCCUUGCCAAGGGUACCAAGAAAGAGCCAGCCUCAGUGCCUGGCCCAGUCCUGCCCCGAAGCCUGUCCCACUGGGAGAUGAGUCGGGCACAGGAGACGGUGGAGUUCCUGGCCCCAGCUCCUGUGGCCAAUCAAGGACCCAGAAGAAGGAGCCGCUGGGCUCAGCCAGGCGUCGAGCUGAGUGUCCGCUCCAUGCUGGACCUGCGGCAGCUGGAGACACUGGCCCCAAGCCCUCGAGACCCUAGCCAAGACUUGCUGGCCAUGACCCCGUCUUGCCCUGGGAAACAUGGUCAGCAGGUCCCUCCUGAGACCUCACAUGCUAGCCAGAACGAAAAGCCCCCUCGGCAUCAGGCUUCCCAACCCUGUUCCUGCCCCCACAUUAUUCGAUUGUUGUCCCAAGAGGAAGGGGUCUUUGCCCAAGAUCUGGAGCCUGCACCCAUCGAAGAUGGUAUUGUCUACCCGGAGCCGAGUGACAGUCCCACCCUGGAUACCAGUGAGUUCCAGGUGCAGGCUCCAGCCCGAGGGACCCUGGGAAGAGUGUAUCCAGGCAGCAGGGCUUCCGAGAAGCACAGCCCUGACAGUGCCUGCUCUGUGGAUUAUAGUAGCAGCCGCCUUUCCAGCCCUGAGCACCCCAACGAAGACUCUGAGAGCACGGAGCCCCUGAGUGUGGAUGGCAUUUCCUCAGACCUUGAAGAACCAGCCGAGGGUGAUGAAGAAGAGGAGGAAGAAGAGGGAGGCACUGGCUCCUAUGGGCUACAGGAAGGCAGUCCCCAUACUCCAGACCAGGAGCAGUUUCUAAAACAGCACUUUGAGACUCUGGCCAAUGGGGCUGCUCCAGGGGGCCCAGUCCGGGUACCAGAGAGGACAGAGUCUCGGAGCAUCUCUUCACGAUUCCUGUUGCAAGUGCAGACCCCCCCACACAGGGAACUGUCUCCAUCUUCCUCAAGCCUGGCGCUGCCAUCGAGACCAGUCCAGAUGCUGCAGGCUUCGGGUGAGCAGCUGAGAGGCAGUGGUGCCAGUCCUCCAGGAGCACCCCCAGAGGCAGAGCCCUCCCCUGGAAAUGGUGGCCCCCAGCAAGCAGUUCCUGUGCUUUUGCCACGACGCCGUCUCAACCCGGAUAGCAGCUGGUCUCCCAAGAGAGUGACUGCAGCCAGCCCCUUGGGUGGACUCCAGAAAGCCCAGUCUGUGCAGAGCCUGGUGCCACAAGAUGAGGCCCCUCCACCAGGUCCAUUGCUCUUACGGGAGAUGGAAGCCCACGCGGGCCUGCGCUCCCUGCCACAGGCUGAUGGCCGUCUUUCUCAGCCUCACUCCUACCAGAACCCCACCACCAGUUCCAUGGCCAAGAUCUCCCGCAGCAUCUCUGUUGGGGAGAACUUGGGGCUGGCAGCCGAACCUCAAGCUCCUGCUCCCAUUAGAGUCUCACCGCUCAGCAAGCUAGCCCUGCCCAGCCGGGCUCACCUGGUCCUGGACAUUCCAAAGCCACUGCCUGAUCGUCCUACCCUGGCCACCUUCUCACCUGUUACCAAGGGCCGGGCCCCUGGUGAGGUGGACUGGCCUGGCUCCCCAGCAGGCCUGGGAAAGGCUCACAGUACAUCUGAGAGGCGGGCCUGUUUGGGGGAGGGUGCCCCUCCCAAGCCUAGGACAGAGUGCCAGGCUCAGCCUGGGCCCAACAGCCCCUGUGGCCAGCAACUGCCGGUCAGCCCCCUCUUCCGAGGCCCUGAGAACUUGCAGUCCCCAACCCCUGAGAAGACUCCCAGCCCCAUGGAAUGCUCAGGGGCAGCCCUGAGCCAUGACUCAGAACCAGCAGUGAGCCUGGAGCAGUGCGAACAACUUGUGGCAGAGCUCCAGGGCAAUGUACGCCAGGCUGUGCGGCUCUACCGCUUGGUGGCUGGCUGCAAGACGCCCUCAGCAGAACAAAGUCGCAUCACCCAGCUCCUCAGAAACACCUUCUCUUCAGUGAGGCAGGAGCUAGAGGCCCUGGCUGGCGCAGUGCUGUGCAGCCCGGGUGGGAGCCCUGGGGCUGUGGGGGCUGAGCAAACACAGGCCCUGCUAGAGCAAUACUCAGAGCUGCUGCUUCGGGCUGUGGAGCGGCGCAUGGAACGCAGACUCUAGUUCCAGAAUCCUAUUCCAAGUGAAUGCUUCCCUUAUUCCAAACUGUAGCCCCUGCUCCACUCUCCAAAACCUGUGGGGAUGCUUGGAGUGGAUCGCAGGGAUCAGUGCUCAGAGGGAAAGCAGUUUUCCCAGCUACUCCUCAUGGGGCCCCUGUAUUUAUUAAUUUAUUUCCCUGACUGUCGCCUCACUUUCUUGGAACCCCUGCCUCCACAGCCCCUUCAGUGGCUCAUGCAGGGUAGGUCUUAGAUCUUUGUCAUCUUGGUGCUGUGAGGAGUAGGAGGGCAGCCUGCCCCAUCUGGGGGAAAUCGGGAAGGGCUGGCCCUCUCUUCUUAGAAGCCAUUUGAAAUUACUGCAGGGAUCAGCUCCCUGGGGUGGAGCACACACAGGGUAUUUGGUGGGGUGGAAGUGAGAGGCCACGUGGCAUUCAGUGCCCUUCAGCCAACAGCGGAGCUUCACCUCUACCUCCACUUCCCUUCCCACACCAGCUGUACUCCCCUGGCUGCCAGAGCAGGGGGUUAUGUUUUCCCCACUUCCUGGCAGUUGUGUAGGGCAGAGCCCUCUAGUCCUCCAGGGCGUUCCUAGCCAUCAGGAGGCUUGAGUUGGUGUCAAGGCCUGAGCCCCCACAUUCCACUCCCAUUCCCCCUCUAAGAGAGCCCUAGCAUUAUCUCUCUCCCUGUGCCCCCUUUCUCUCCUGGCCAGAACUUGUGGAGACAGCUGUGGGAUGUUGCUGCAGGACAGUAAAGCCCUCUGCUGGGCAAACAUAAAGCCCUGGCCUCCUCUUCUUAGCCCCUUGGUCUUCUCUAUCCUUCCAACCCUUGUCCCCAGCAGGCUCCUAGACCCAGAGGCCACCUUCUCCUUGCAUCCUGAGUGAUGCCCAGUCAGAAGCCUGUGUUAGAACUUCUCUCAUGGUUUACAGGGCACCAGCCCACCUUCUAAGGACCUUAGCCACAGAACUGUACACACACACACACACACACACACACACACACACACACACACGUUGAGUGUUUAUCGCUAAAGUACUUGGCUGGCUGAUGUGUGCCUGGUUUCCCUUCAUGUACUACUCCUGCUUCACCACCCUGGCUCAUAUGCAACUAUCAAGGAGCACAAAAAGGACUGGAAUGUAGUAACCUGAAUUCUGGAUUCUUGGUGUCCACAACCUAGCUGAUGUGAGAUGGCUUGUUGGUUCCUGGUUCAGGUGGAAGGAGCCUCCUCAAAGGCAGUGCUGGGCACCCACUAUGCUCUGGAUGCUGGAAGUUGAGGGGCACGUGGGAGUGCAGAAGGGGCCAAGAGACACAUUGGAAAGGUGGUAGGUGGGACAGGUACGUAGUAGAGGGCAGGGGGUAGAUUAGAAUUAGAAGGGCAGUUGUUAGGGGUGAGGGGAAGGAGAUAGGGUACAGUGGGCUAAGGUAGAGUAGGACCAAGUAGUGAAGCAGUGGUUGAGGAAUUGGGGUGAAGAACACGUGUCUCUGGGCCCUGCUGCUUCCUUCUGCCUCAGGUAAGUCAGUGUAGCUUUCCUGAAGCUCCAGGCCACAACAACCUAUUCUCCCAUGGACAGGCCCUGGGGCCCUGCUGGUUCAAUAGGCAGCAACUUAGAAAGUUGGUUUUUGUAGAGUGCCCCGCUCUUGUUUGCAUCAGCCAGAGUGCACCAGAACAGAUGAAACCUAGUUCACCACCCCCACCCCCCUUCUGUACUACUACCACCUGCAUGGCCACACUGCAAAGAAGUCCUGGCCCCAAGAACCCCUGCAGCCGAGGGUGGACCCUGGCAGGGCUGCAGCUGCCCUUGUGAGGGUUAGAAGUCUACUACCACUCCCCCAACCGGCACAACAGCCACAGAUCAGACCCGGGCCUGGCUCUCUGGUCUGGGCUCUUGGAGAUCCUCAGCCAACCAGUCCUUCAGAGGAGGGAGCUAACACUAUCGCUAAGGUUUGUGAGAAGGUGGCCGCCCUUUCCCUACCUCAGCUGAGCGCUUAGGUGGGAGAGGGGGUCUUGUGGCCGCCGGCGCCCGUCCCCUUCUGCAUGUCUGAGGCCACCGGCAACUGCCCCCCCCCCCCCCCCCCGCCCCGAACAGAUUUUCCCUGACCCAGUUUUGAAAACCUCCUUAUUUAUAACUUUUAUACUUUGUUCAGGCCAUGGGCGCUUCCCUCUUCCCGAGGUCUCACGGGGCAGGGGCCGUUUUUAACUCGUCCAUUUGUAUUGAUGUAUGAACUCAUCAAUAAACACAAUCAUUUGUUAAA